CCAUGCUCUACUGAAGCUUAAGUCUCGUUAAUCUAAAAUGGAAAAGGGAAUUUUAAUCAUCGCACGUCAACAACAAAAAAGCGCCUGGGCGAUUACUCCACUGAAUACGGUAUGACGGGCAGGGUCUCCAGCCGCGAUGGCGUGUUGGGCGUCGCCCUAACAACACAACUGGAAAUUUCAUCUGACAAAAAAUAACAGUUACACAGCGUCACGUGAUCAGAAAAUAUGCCGUAGAGCGAAGACCGGGGGGCUAGGCUAUCAGUUGACGAGAGUUUAUAGCGUGGGAGAAGGGACCGUUCAAUAGUUAACAAGGGGAAUAGGAUCGCCAGGUCGUCGUCAGUCCGAAAGUUUAGGUGCCUAGUUUACUGUAGACGGAGCCUGGCUUGGUGUGAGAGUCACUUGAAGGCACGUGCAAGCAGCAGAGCCCGGAUGAAGCCAUCAUGUCGCGUCUUAAAGUUGCAUUUGUUUUCAGUGGUAUUACUUGGUUUCGCGUGUGCUGUUGGCUUACUCUUUAUCGGGGAGGCAAGAAGAACCACAAGCAGACACGUUAAGAAGCUGAAACCCAAGUAUCGACAUGGGCCUGGUCCGACCUUCAGGCAUGACAUGGAGAAGUUAGAUGACAGGCAGCUUGUGGCCGAAAUCGAUGUGGAGGACGACGUCAAUCAGUUAGUUGACAUAUUCCGGCAAAAAGUAGCAACGCUGAAGCAGCAGAAUAUUUGGUCAGAGUUGCCGCCCUUUUCACGGUGCACAGGCAAGGAAAAGAAAGCAUUGGACAUGUGCAAUGACACAGCUGCCUGCAAACACCCACUUCCGGCGGCUGACAGCCAAGAAAACAUCCGCAAUAUUCUUACACCUGUAACCAAACUCAAAGAGGGGGCACUGGGAAGGAUAAAGGAUGUUUUCAACAUACAGGAGAGGAGGAAAUAUGCUUUUGUCACGGCAGCGUCAGCGGAUCACUUUGAUGAAUCCCAGGAGAUGAUCAUGACUCUGGACAAAUACAUUUUCCCUCAUUUGAGCAACUACUCCUUCUAUUAUUACGACAUGGGGCUGAACAGAAGUCAGGUCAAACUGCUUCAGAAAUAUGGAAGGGCUGAAAUAAAACGCUACCCGUUUGAUUUGCUGCCUGAUCGGUUUUCCUACUUGAAGUGUUACUCGUGGAAGCCCUUGGUGAUACAGGCUCAUUUUGACAAUGCGGAGUACACAUUUUGGUUGGACGCCUCUGGACGGUUCGACAAGGGCAACCUGCGUGAAAUGUUCGACAUGCUGAAAGAAACAGGUGUGCUUUUGUCACCAUGGCCAAAAUAUCCUUUUGCACAACAUUGUUCAAAGCACAUGUUUUCCUACUUCAACACUGAACCAUGCCACUUUUCAGUUUAUCACGAAUCUGAAGCCAAUGUGAUAAUGCUACACAACCAGCCAUUCACAAGACGUCUUAUAAUGGACCCGUGGGUGUCCUGCGCAGUGGACCCAAACUGUUUGUGUCAUCCAGGCGCAACCAAAUUGUACUUUUGUUCAUUCGGCACCAGGAAGUAUGGGAAAUGUCACCGGUAUGACCAAUCAGCCCUCAAUUUGAUUCUUCUACAGAUGUUCAGAAGGAAUAUAGAUUCUAUACAAUAUAAGAAAAAGAAAUACGCACAUGUCUCCCGAAAAAUAGGACAAUUGUACCUCAGUGAAACGUACAAUAAAGUGUUAUGAUAUCACUGUG